AAACUAAAAUCAAAUGAAUAAAACAAAAUCUUAUAUAUAUUCAUUUUCUACAACUUCAAAUGAGUGUAUCAAAAGUUGAGUUCCAGAAAAAAGAUCACUUCGAUUUUACAGCGUCGGAGGGGAGCCAACCCCGGGGAGGGGGUUAUAACAGGGACCCGUCAUACAUUGACAGUGGAUCCCCAAGAAGAAAUAGAAAGAAUAGAAAUUCUCCACCAAGGGAUUAUGUUGCUGGAGAAGGUAAUGGAAGAGGUUCGCCAAAUUACAACUCUCCUGGCGAAUAUAGUGGAAAGAGGAGCCCAGUUUAUACCUCGGAACCAAACGAUAGUAGGCCACGAGGCAAUUUUAGUAGUGAAGGAUCCAAGAAUGAUGAAUACAGUGCAGAAGCUGGUGGAAUCAUCCAGAGUAACUGGGAUGAGGUUGUCGACAACUUUGAUGACAUGAAAUUGAGAGAAGAACUCCUUAGAGGAAUCUAUGCUUAUGGUUUUGAGAAACCAUCAGCCAUUCAGCAGCGUGCUAUCAUCCCAUGUAUAAAAGGACGUGAUGUUAUUGCCCAGGCCCAGUCUGGUACUGGUAAGACGGCAACAUUCUCCAUAGCCAUUUUACAGCAAAUAGAUAUUGCAGUAAAAGAAUGCCAGGCAUUAGUCUUAGCCCCAACAAGAGAGUUGGCUAUGCAAAUUCAAAAAGUUGUAAUAGCAUUAGGAGAUUACAUGGGAGCACAGUGUCAUGCCUGUAUUGGUGGCACUAAUGUCCGUGAAGACAUGCAUAAACUAAGUACCGGCGUUCACAUUGUGGUAGGAACACCAGGACGUGUCUAUGAUAUGAUCAACAGAAGAGCUCUUAAUCCAAGAUCCAUCAAGUUAUUUGUGUUAGAUGAAGCAGAUGAAAUGUUGUCUAGAGGUUUUAAAGAUCAGAUCUAUGACGUAUUUAGAUUCAUGCCAGAAGAUACUCAGGUUAUCCUGUUGUCUGCCACAAUGCCUACUGAUGUGUUAGAUGUAACACAAAAAUUCAUGAGAGAUCCUAUAAGGAUUUUAGUCAAGAAAGAAGAAUUAACCCUGGAAGGUAUCAGACAGUUCUAUAUUCAAGUAGAAAGAGAGGAAUGGAAAUUAGAUACCCUCUGUGAUUUAUAUGAGACACUGACAAUUACACAGGCUGUGAUUUUUUGUAAUACUAGAAGGAAGGUGGAUUGGCUAACAGACAAAAUGUUGUCUAGAGAUUUCACUGUCUCCGCUAUGCAUGGUGACAUGGACCAGAAAGAAAGAGAUGUUAUUAUGAGGGAAUUCCGUACUGGAUCCAGUAGAGUCUUGAUUACCACUGAUCUCUUAGCUCGUGGUAUUGAUGUACAGCAGGUUUCACUCGUCAUUAACUAUGAUCUUCCCGCUAACAGGGAAAAUUACAUUCAUAGAAUUGGAAGAGGUGGAAGAUUUGGUCGUAAAGGAGUAGCAAUUAAUUUUGUUACCCAGGAGGAUAUUCGUACUCUGAAAGACAUUGAACAAUUUUACAAUACCCAGAUUGAAGAAAUGCCCAUGGAUGUAGCAGAUCUAAUUUAAUUAAUCAAAUUUUGAAUCGAAAUUGUUGCCCGUACUUAUAAAAAUAAAGAAAUAUUGUGUACUGGCGACCAUUUUCAUGCGUUGUUCAUAUUUUGCUGGCUACAAUUUUCUCAUAUAUUGAGAAUUUGUUGCAAUAAAAGUUUUACCUUGGAUAUUUACCAAAAUGAAAUAAACAUUCUAGAAGUAAUUUGAAUUGCUAGGGACAUAAUUGCCCAAAGCUGUAUUUUACAAGACAUUUUUGUGUAUAGACUGUAUUUUGACUAUCCUAUAUUGUAAAAAGUGCUGUGUAUAAACUGUGCUAUUUGUUUUUUGCCUUUUAUAGAAUUGUUAUUUAUUUUUUUUUGAAUAGCAGUAUUUUGACUCUCGAGAGAAAUUGUUUCACAGUUUUAAAGGUGCCAUGGCUACCUCAUUGCACCAAACUUGUACAGAAAUAAUCUCUUCAGCUUGUACGUUAUGUUCAUAUCAUCGGUACAUGUUGUAUAAGGAACAAGAUUGUGUUGGUCAGGGAUGGGGUAUAGUGAAUAAGUUAUUAAAGAAAAAUUGGGUUCAUGGCUAUGUGACAGUGAAAAGAAGCAAUAGAUGUAAUAAAAAAAGAUACAAUUUUA